CAGCAGGCAUCUGCUGUGUAAUUAGGUCAUGGCAAAUCGAGGAGCAGCAUCAAGACCCAAUGGACCAAACACUGGGAAUAAAAUAUGUCAGUUCAAGCUAGUACUUCUGGGCGAGUCUGCAGUUGGUAAAUCCAGUUUAGUACUUCGCUUUGUAAAAGGACAGUUUCAUGAAUUUCAGGAAAGCACAAUAGGAGCUGCAUUUCUUGCACAGUCUGUGUGUUUAGAUGAUACAACUGUGAAGUUUGAGAUUUGGGACACAGCAGGCCAAGAGCGAUAUCACAGUCUAGCACCGAUGUACUACAGAGGAGCACAGGCUGCAAUAGUGGUGUUUGACAUAACAAAACCAGAAACAUUCGACAGAGCAAAAGCAUGGGUAAAAGAAUUGCAGCGGCAAGCAAGUGCCAAUAUAGUGAUAGCACUGGCUGGGAACAAAACAGAUUUAGCAGACAAGAGAAUGGUGGAAUAUGAGGAAGCACAGUCGUAUGCUGAAGACAGUGGCCUGUUAUUCAUGGAGACAUCAGCCAAGACUGCAAUGAAUGUUAACGAACUGUUUUUAGCAAUAGCAAAGAAAAUGCCAAAACUGGACACCCAAAAUCCAACCCAUGCAAGUAAGAAUCGAGGACUUACUAUUCAUGAUGCAGAACAGUCACAUCGACGAGGGUGCUGUGGUGGAAAUUGAUUCUGUGGGCAUCUACAGCAAUCUAUAAUGUGGAUGUUAAAGAUCUUACGUCCUUUUUGUAUAAUAGGCACUAAUGUGUUUUGCAUUAUUUUUUGUACCUUAUUAAUUGGAGUAAGACAUAUGCCUUUUGAAAAUUUGAAAAUGGCACCUGUAAAGUAUUCAGCCUGUUAGAACUGAAGUAAUGAACUUAUUGUGAUAUGGAGACCAGUCAUCAGUAGAAGGAUAAUUUACAGUGCAGCAAGGCUGGAUCUAGGACUUGUACUUACUGUACUCGUACAGGCCAUACUGUUAAUACACUUGUUUGUACAGUUAGUGUGCUGCAGUGGAAUCUGGGUUGCCCUUUAAUGAAACACAGUUAGAAUCUGGUGUCUGUUUAAUACCACACCACACCACUAAUAUAAGGCUACUGGUAUUGUUAUACAGUUGUGGACCUUAAGCCUGCAUGUCUCCCCUUCCUUUUCAUUUCUCUUCAGCAGUAGCCACCUCCUCCUCCCAGUCCCAUUCAGUCCCUUCUACCUACCUACAUUUGUGUCUGUGUGACCAUUUUUGUUUUGUUGGGGAAGAGUUUUUAACCCAAAUGUUCUGCAUUAUCCUGUAGUUGGGUGUUGCAGGAAUAAUUUAACUUUGCUUCUCUAACUGCAUAUGUUUAAUAUCAAUAAUGAGGAUGACUGUGCAUUGCCAUGAUUUCCUGACCUUCAGACUUCCAUAUAGGAUUUGCAGGAGAGAUCUGAUCUUGCUGAUAAGUUCCAGGAAUGUGGUUUCUCAAUCAUCCAAGAAUGGAAAGUGAGGGCCUUCAGCAGUUUGUUGUAACUCCUUUCAUCACGCUGACUUUAGUCCAGUACCUAGGGGCAUUUGUCAAAGCUGGACAUCUGUAACACAAGUAGUCACUCUACUGUUGUCCCAACUGCAAAACGAAUUUCUGAGGGGUGUUUUGCUGACUUUAAGCCACUGAGCCUUACUAGUGAACCAUCCUUUUGUCAAUUACUUUUCCUCUGGUAAGCCUCAUAAGAGAGAGAAGUGAGAGCUGGAUUGUGAAGGUUGUCACACUGCAAGGAGUGAGGCUUCAGAAGGAGUAAUAUGGUAUGUGGCCAUCUUAGUGUUGUUUGCUCCAUACACAUUCUCUACAGGAUAUUUUGCUUGUACCAGCUAACUUAAGCGUUGGCUAUCUUUUGUAAAUUUCUGAGGGGCUUCAGCUCUUCCCAAAUAGGAGACAUGAUGUCUGGCUACCCUGCCUACACCAGUUGUCCCUCAGGCGUCUGAGUUAGUAACUGAAUGGAUGCUGCCAGCAUCACGUCUCCUUCUGUGCCAUCAGGCCAGUCUUACAAAGACUACAUUUUUUUAUUCUGUUGCAGGGUUAAAAUUUACAUACAAUAAGAAGAGCAUGUGGCCAAAGCCCUUAUCUACUGAACAGUUCAAAAUGAAACAAUGUAAUGCAUUAAUCCUCCUCUGUGUCAUUUAAUAACGGAUGUUUAUUUUGCCUAUGCAAUUUUUCCUCAUUUCCUUGGGCACCUGUAAAAAUGUUUAAAAAACUUGCAAUGUAUAGUUACAGUUGCACAUUAUAUUACAUGUAAGCAAAGGUACUGCUAGCUUUGUACCUGCAAAUUUUUAAACGUGGAUGUAUGUUUAGAAUGAAAGCUAUAAAAUUUGUAUAUUUAUUUAGACAUAAAAGUAUGAUUCUGUACUUGCACUCCAUCAGUCAGUAUUGAAAUGUGCAGUUUUAAAUUCUGCUAUAAAAACUAAAAUGUAUAUAAUUUUUAUAACUUGUUCACAUCUCAAUUUUUUUUUGUUCACGAAAAAUAUUCUGUCAGUACUUAAUGAUAUUCUAUAAAUGCUAUAGUACAAAGAGACAAGCAUACCUAUUAAGUUCUUGGUGUGCAUGAUCUUUGUGUUGUAAAAUACUUGUUUUUAUUUGGUCCAAACAGACUCAGUUUAAAAAAAAAAUGCUAUAAGAAACUAUGAAUGUCCAGCUUAUUGUUUUCUUGCAGUUUGAAUAGAAGGAACCAGUAUGCAAGGAUUGUGCAUUCAUGUACUAAUAGAGGCUUGUGGGUACAGUGAUGUGAUUAAUAAACAUUUUGGUAGGAA